CGCUCUAUGCGCCUCUGCGGGCGCCGCGGGCCCUGGCCAUGGCGAUAGACCGGCGGCGCGAGGCGGCGGGUAGUGGUGCCGGGAGGCAGCCGGCCCCGGCGGAGGAGAACGGCUCCCUGCCGCCCGGAGACGCGGCGGCCUCGGCGCCCCUCGGGGGUCGCGCGGGCUCCGGGGGCAGCGCGGAGAUCCAGCCGCUGCCUGCGCUGCACCCCAGCGGCGGCCCGCACUCGAGCUGCUGUGCGGCAGCAGCCGCCCCGAGCCUCCUGUUGCUGGACUACGAUGGCUCUGUGCUGCCCUUCCUCGGGGGCCUGGGCGGCGGCUACCAGAAGACCCUGGUGGUGCUCACCUGGAUCCCGGCGCUGUUCAUCGGCUUCAGCCAGUUCUCGGACUCCUUUCUUCUGGACCAGCCCAACUUCUGGUGCCACGGGGCCGGCAAAGGCACCGAGCUGGCGGGUGCCACUGUCACCGGCCGAUGGGGUGACAUGGGCAACUGGACCAGCCCCUCAGCCACCCCUUUCUCCACUGCCUCCUGGGGGACCACAAGCAACCGAAGCAACAGCAGCGACACACCACCCCUCCCGUCCCCUCCAGGCAAAGGGAACAACGACUCAAAUUGCGAGUGCCACGCGUGGGACUACGGCAUCCGCACUGGCCUCGUCCAAAACGUGGUCAGCAAGGUGUCAGUCACUGAUGGCUCAGCAGCGGCCUUGGAAGACUCAGUCCCUCUUCUAGGACUGCUCCUUGGAGCCAGGACAUAGCUGUGGCCCUGUGUCUCCCACCAAGAACUAACUACCCAUGAAAAAUAGUGUUCUACUCACAGAUAUUCUUUCCAGCAGACGUCAGCCACUCCACACGUGCCUUGAGCAGAUUAAAGCCAGUUGAAGAAUCCAAGUUACAGACAAAGAAGCAGAGCCCUUUGAAAAGUUUCCUUGCUACCCCAGGCCCCCAUCCCAACCAUGCUCUGUCCUUUCCAGAGAUCUGACUGUAGAGUUCAAUGUUGGGGUACUCCCUCAAAUACUUUCUCAGGACUUCAGUAAAUAGUCCCACAGCAUAGGAGGAUGUGGGAAGCAUGCAGGGUGUCAUUGAUGCUCUUGUACAGCAGCUGCUCUGGUCUGAGUCAUUGAGACCUGGUUCCCACUUUCUCCUCCCUGACCCUUGCAAAGGUCUUGCAUUCUGUGUAAUAUAGCAGGAGUGUUCUUGGAGAGAUGUAUGUCACCCAGAAAAUGGACAGUACUGUUAGACAAUCAUGAUCCCAGGUACCCAUAAUUUUCACUUUUCUUGGCCUGUAGGAAAUACUGGAUGCCGCCUUGUUAAACAAUUUGUGAAACAUUUGUAGCUUCUGUCCCUUUGGUAGUUUAAACAGCGCAGUUAGAAACGGGGCAGUUCUGAACUGUUUGAAAUGCGAGCAUGGGUUUGGACAGUUUAUAAUUGUGUGGGUGGAAUCCAGCUCUACAACCAGUGUGUGUUAGUAAACAGUUGUAGCUCAUGGAUCUGGAAGAUGAAACUCUUACAUCAUCAUAAUCAUUGUUUUAAUCUUGUACCAACCUGGCCAGAAAACGCUGUGUCCUGUGGGAAUCAAACCGUCUGGUUUAGUGAUCCCUCUGCUUUGCAAUAUAAUUGAGAAGAUCCUCCUACCUUGUCUCAUCUUGACUCAUCUCCCCCACAGCCUCUCCCUUCCAAAGGUGUUUCUGUAACUGAUUCCCAUUCACGGAGGGCAAGACAGCUUGCUUGCUUGCUUGCUUUCUCUCUCUCUCUCUCUCUCUCUCUCUCUCUCUCUCUCUCUCUCUCUUUCUUUCUUUCUUUCUUUCUGCUUAGCAACCGAGACCAUUUUAAGACGACCACUACUUAACUUGCCCUGUAUGCUUGUCAGAAUAAGGAUUCGGUAAUCCUGCUGAGUAUCUGAAGCCACUUUCUAGAGUAAAGGAAGAGUAAUGAUUUGAAGGAGUGAGUGUGUGAAGAGUGCUUGGUACUAGAGUCAAGUUGGAAGUUAGCAGGUGGAGCAGGCAGACCAACACUCCAGCGACGGGACCAGGAGACAGCUACUCAUAUCCUGCCAGGCAUGGUGUGAAGUUGGAACAAAAAUAGUUCUUGAAAACAGACUAGAUAGAGUCAUAUUGGAAAGCUAGGCACAUUUUUAAAAUUAGCAUUCAGGAGGGAGGGCUCCAUGUGUGCGUGUGGGGGGUGGGGGUGGGGACAGUACCUGACAACACACAGUGGUUACAUGUUACGGAAAAGACGACACCAAGGAAUGAAGGCCUGCGCACAGUAAUUAGAGGCAUACUUUCUCAUACUGCAGAGGUGAGGAAGGACAUAUUGAUUUUCACAGACAAAUGUGCUCCCGCUAGAGGACUGCCCUUCCACCGCGUUCUGCUAGGUAACAAUACUUCAAAGAGCUUUUCCAGCAUAUUUUUACUCUAUAGCAGACUUCUUCCUCUGCUAACUGUGCUCACUGAAUCCUAUGUCUAUGCACAAAUGUGGAAAUCUUACUGUGCUGAUGCUGGCAUUUAAUAGUCGAGUGUCUGACUACUUUGAACACAGUAGACUGAUACAGAGGAAUGUGUCAGUGGAUACAAGUUCAAGGUUGGAGAAGUUGCCCUGUGUCCCCUUUCCUUCAGGCUGUCUUCAGCAUUCAGGGUGACUUCUGCAGCUGGUAUGUUCCUGAGACACAGGCCUGUCACUUCUAGCCCUAGUUGUUGGUUGGGAAGACGUCCCAUUACUGUCCUCAGAGUUGGAUGCUGUAAGAAAUCACUUAACUCCAGGAUGUUAGAAUGAAGAUGGUCCCAUGGGCUCUGAUCUUUUCUCCUCAAGGUUACACCCCUGACAUGCCCUUACUACCUCAGUUUAAACCCUUCCACAAGUGGGGCUCUGUCCCAAGCAGGCCAGCCUGCCCUUCUUUGUAAAGAAGUGUGGAUUUUGGUGAAUUACACUUAAAAUUCUCUCAUGCCUGUCAGCUCACUCCUGAGAAUGCUUGGUUUUCCAACAUGGAAUUCAUAUUUUGUCCUUCCUUCCUUUCUUUUUUCUUUCUUUCCUUUCUUCCUUCCUUCUUCCUUCCUUUCUUUUUUCUUCCUUUUUCCUUCCUUUCCUCCCUUUCUUCCUUCUUUCCUCCCCCAUCCCCUCUGUUUCUUUUCUUUGUUGUCAUUUUAUUUUGUUUGUUUUGUUUUGUUUUGUUUCAAGACUGGGACUCACUGUGUGGUUCUGGCUGUCCUACAACUCACUCUGUAGACCAUGGUGACCUUGAACUCAUAGAGAUCUACCCUCCCCUACCUCCCAAGCACUGGGAUUAAAGGCAUGCACCAGUAUGCCCUGCUUUCUUUAGUAGCUUCUUUCUUGGCUGGAAAAUAUUUUAUCUGUUCCAUUCAUAACCAAGUCUGCCAUACUGACUGCUACGUGGAGUAUAUGCCUCUUAAACAUGGUACCAGAGCCAACCAACCAGACACUGCAUGAUCUACGCCAAAAGGGAGAUUGAUGAAUACCUGCAGGGAUAGAGCCCAUGGUGGAUGCAUUGUCACCUUUAGCAGAUAUGAGGUACUUCUGUCUGCAGCCCGUGGCCCCCAGGCCACCUUGCUUUUACUAUUAGAUUGUGCUCAGUGAGGACUUUUCUGCUUCUACACAAGUAGCCUGAGAUACAACUCCAUUGUCUUCUAAGUGGUCUUGAGUGUUAAGAUCUCUCCUCUUGGUGUCUUCAUUGUUUUUUGUUAUUGUUGGGUCAUUUGGUUUUUUUAAAGACAGGGUUUCUCUGCGUAGCCCUGGCUGUCCUGGAACUUACUCCAUAGACCAGGCUCGCCUCUAACUCGGAGAUCUACCUGCUUCUGCCUCCUGAUUGCUGGGUUUAAAGGCGGGUGCCACUGUGCCCAUUUAUCUUUAUUGUUCCUUGUACACUCAGACUUUUCACCAUAGAGUUUACAAUUCCUUCAGAGUUAUGAUUGUAGUAGUGAUGAUGUUGAUACCACCUGCAGCUCUUUGUAGUUUCUGGAACAUCUUACGUGAAUUAUUCCCUUUGAUUAGUAAUAGUAACCCAAGGCCAAUUUUAACAGACCAAUAUCGCUGAUUACAGAAAACGAACAGACUUUGAAUGGCUCCUCAUAGGAAGCAGGUAUUCAGCCAACUUCCUAGUCUCUAUUCUAGCAUUCUGUGCUUUAAUGCCGAGCAGAGCUGUCAGUGCCUUCUUGAGAGGAUGAAUAAGACAGAUCCCUCUCCCAGAAUAGCAGCCUUGGGGGUCUGAAGAUGGGUGGGUCUGGACUAGGCUCUUGUGGCCCCCUUUUCUUAUUUUCUGUGCUGCAGACCAACGUUUCUUGUGCUUCUGAAAUUUAAUAUUCUUUAAUUAAGAGAGGAACUCUGUGAAUGUAAAAGUGUUGCUCUUAAUAGCUAACACAACUCAUCCUGUACCGUUCCACAUGAGUAUUGCUGGCUGCUAACAAUCACUGCCUUCUUGAAUAAACUCUAGAAUUUGGUCAGGAAACAACACCAGCUAACCUUCCUAAGCCUUUCUCUUUUUCCAGUAGUUGUAGUUUAAAUCGUUCACUCAUCUCUUGUUCUCAUGAACUUGCAAAGAGUUCUGACCUUUGUCUUGGAAGCUGUUUAAUAUCCUGACAAGUAAUUUGUAUCCCUUUUCUUGAAGUUAUUUAAAAUGACUUCAGUACAGUGUAAUUAAGACUAAAACUAAUUUUUACUAUCAUUGCAAUGGUAAUAUAUUUUUUAAAGAAGUCCACAGUAGAACAGGACCCCCUUGGGGGGAAUUAGAGGAAGGAUUGAAAGAGUUGAAGGAGCUUGCAACCCCAUAAGAACAACAAUGCCAACCAACCAGAGCUUCCAGGGACUAAACCACCAACGAAACACUAUGGACUGACCCGGGGCUCCAACUGCAUAUGUAGCAGUGAAUAGCCUUGUUGGGGCACCAGUGGAAGGGGAAGCCCUUGGUCCUGCCAAGGUUGGACCCCCAAUGCAGGGGAAUAUGGGGGAGGGGCAGUAAGGGGGAUGGAUGGGGGGGAAAUACCCAUAUGGGGAAGGGGGAGGGGAUAGGGGUUUAUGGACAGGAAACCAGGAAAGGGAAUAACAUUUGAAAUGGAAGUAAAGAAAUAUAUCUAAUAAAAAAAAAGAAAAGUCCACAGUGUAAUCCGAAACUAGUAAUUAGUUUCCACUUUUGAAAUGCUUAAUUCUUAUUCAUAUUUUUCCUCUUCCAGAGUGUUUAUUUAAUGGAAUCUGCCAUUAUUCUGUUUCAAAUCAAAAGUAUUUGUCAAUCCUUAGAAAUACUGCACACUUUUUUAAAGUCUUUAUUUUUUGUGCACCCCUCUCUUUCACACUAGUGUGUGUGUGUGCGCGCACGUGUGUGUGUGUGUGUGUGUGUGUGUGUGUGUGUGUGUGUGUGUGUGUGCACAUGCAGACCAAGAGGCCAUUAGAGCUGCAGUUACAGAUGGUUCUGAGCUGCCUGACAUGGGUGCUGGGAACAGAGCUCAGUAAGAGCUCUUAACUAACCAGCCAUCUCUCCAGCCCUUCAGACACAUUUUAAAUUUCAUAUUCUUGCUGAUGUACUAAAAUUUCUUGAGUUAUUUUUCUGGUAUGAUUUUGUUGUCCCAGUAGUGGCUUUUCUAUGGAAUAUAUAAGGCAACUGCGAGCAUCAUUAUGCAAAUUCCUUUUUUAAAUUAACUAUAAUAGAUAAUGCACUUCCUGUCUAGACUACAGUAUAAGCAGCGCAUGCCUUUAGUUCUAGCAUUCAGGCAGAGGCAGACAAAUGUCUGUGAGUGUGAGGGCAGCUUGGUCUACAUAGUGAGCUCCAGGUCAGCCAGACCUACACAGUUAGAUGCUGCUUAAAACAAAACAAAUCAAAACAAAACAAAACAAAAGAACCUAUAGUGUAAGUCAGACUGCUUGCUCUCUCUGCUUCUCAGAGCAUGGUUGCCAAAUUGUAUGUAUCCUUCCAAAAACAUUCUACUUUCAAUCCUAUAUUUACCUCUUGUUUAUAUCAGAGUUGAAUGUACAUCAAUAUAGCAAAGUCCUUGUUCUCUUUUAUGUCUACUUAGUAUUUCUGUUAUGUGACUAGGACAUACUGUGUUUAACUAGUCUCUUGCUAAGAAGGCCUUGGGGUCAUUUCUAGUCUUUACUGUUUUGUGUAUGCAUUUAUACAAUAAAUAUCUUUACAUACAGAAACCUCUGCACACACAGAAGAUGUUGUACGAAGCAAAGGUUUAAACCCCCGCUGUGCCUUGAGUAUCCCCUACAGAGAACUUAGCAAUGUGUAUGCUCAGCAGUAGUUUGCUGGUCCUGUUCCCAACACCUUCCAUAACCGGGGAGUUGCCAGAUACUGUACUGUUUGCUAGUCUGAUGAGGAGACAGUAAACUUGGACUACUGCUGCAGUAUUUGCACUUGUCUUGGUCUGUGGCUUCACCAGUCUCUGUGCAGGUUUGCCUUCCUUGGGAUGGUCUCCCAUCUCUCUGCCCUCACGUGCCUGCGGGUUCCAGGAUUAUCUCCUUCCUGACUGACCACAGCACUCUGACUGAGACUACCCGCCCUGGCUAAUUACCUGAGCCUCUGCUUCUUCUCCCAGUGUUAGGUUGUGCACACAGCUUGGUUGGAUGGAAUCAAGGGAUGUAGUCUUUCCUGUAAAUGGAAUUAUAAAUUUUACCUAGCUGGAUAAAAAACACAUAAUCCAGGUAUUUUGUUUACAAGAUGUAAGCUUAGAUUAGGCAGAUUUUGGAGUCAUUCUAACUUACAUCCCAGCCUGUGGCCAUGUUCUCGUGGUCCAUGGCUGCCGCUGCCUUCUCCUCGUCCUCCUUCUCCUCCUCCUCUUCUUCCUCUUCCUCCUCCUCCUCUUCUUCCUCCUUCUCCUCCUCAUUUCUUCUUCCUUUUCCUCUUCCUCAUUUCUUCUUCCUUUUCUUCUUCCUCUUUUUCUUCCUCCUCCUUUUUCUCUUCUUUCUUCUCUUGCUCCUUUUCUUCCUCUUCUUCCUUCUCCCUCUUCCUCUCCUUUCCCCCUCUCUCUUCUUCUUCUUCUCCUGUCUCUUAUCUGCAGCCCCCAGCCAGGUAACUGAAAAUCUGCCGACCCAAUCACUGGCCUUUUAUUGACCAAUUAAUUUGGAGAGCAAGGUCACAUAGCAUCCCUUGAUAUACAUGAAGAUCUCAUUGGGGACAACCAGAUUUUGGGGAACACUGUUUAACAUUUCAAUACAUAGCAGCACCAGACCAACCCCAACACUUUCCUUUUAUGGCUUCUGAGUUUUGUAUUGUUGGGUUUAUGAUUUCCAUAGUCCUGAAUGACUAGGUGAAAUCCCAUGUUUUCUUCUAAUUUCAUUCUGAUUUCAUUUAUUCUUCCAUUUGCCAUUCCGAUUCUGUUUUGGUUUUAUGGUGCUAUGAGGGUACAUUUCUAGAAAUGCAAAGAUGGGCAGAACCCAUAUAUUGUGCAAAUUUGCACUUGUUUAUAACCUUUAAUUCAGCAGUGCAAAGGCCAGAGCCGAGAAGCCGUGGAGACCCUGUCCCUCAAGAAACACAACACUCUCCAGGGCUGUAAGACCUUUUCCCUUCUAUCAACUUGUUCUGAAUAGCAUGUGAUGGUGUUAUGGUUGGAAGCCACUUCAUGCUCUUCUUCUGUCAUUAGCAGUUUCUGCAAGUAGCGACUCAUAUUGACUUUUAAUCCAAGGUCAACUGAGUCAAAAAAAGAAAGAAAGGAAGGAAGGAAGGAAGGUAGGAAGGAAGGAAGGAAGGAAGGAAGGCAGAAAGAAAGAAAGAAAGAAAGAAAGAAAGAAAGAAAGAAAGAAAGGAAGGAAGGAAGAAAGAAAGAAAGGAAGGAAGGAAGGAAGGAAGGAAGAAAGAGGAAAGGGAAGGGAAGGGAAGGGAAGGGAAGAGAAGAGAAGAGAAGAGAAGAGAAGAGAAGAGAAGAGAAGAGAAGAGAAGAGAAGAGAAGAGAAGAAGAGACAGGAUCGUGUCAUUUAAAAGCACACUGGAUUUUCUGAAUGUUGUUCCUGGCAUUACUAGUGUUUGGCAUACCAGAGCCACUGCGGGCAUCUCUGCCCAUCUUCAGAUUCAGGAACUUAAUGUUGGUGGCUCCCAAUGGGCCACCCAGGGGUGUUUACACCAUGGAAACUGGGAAACAUCACAGAGCAGGGAUUGCCAUUUUCUUCAGAAAGCCAGCCGUUAAGCAUUUAUCAAGGUAAUAAGUGCAAGCCUGCAGCCCCCUCCCCGCCCCCAAGACUUUCCUUCUUUCCCUCCUCUUUGCAUCUACAUAUUCGGAACCUGGCACUGUGCCAUGGCUGGGGACAUAACGCUGCCUGCGUGAAAAUAGCUCAACUUUCAUAGGCCUAGCAGACUGAUGGGGGAAGUGCACCCUAACUGGUCAACUCAUAGUCUUUCCAUUUCAAGCUGUGGAAAGAAAGGGAAAUGAAAAGCCAGAACAAAGAAACCUGACAAAGAUGAGCUGGUCUAUCCGAGAUGGGCUGGGGGUUGUGAAUGGAGAUGGGCUGGGGGUUGUGAAUGCUAAGAGAGGUGAGAGAGAACAGCAUGUGUUUCCCAGAGGGCAGACAGCAUGUGCAAGGACCACGUGGCGUUCUGGCGUUUGAGACUGCUCAUCAUUGUUGUGGGAAUGGAACAAGGGCUAGGGCACACAGCCCAUGUUCUCAGUUUCUGUUAUUCUAGAGCAAGAGGGAAACCAUCAGUACUGAGCAGAGUUGGGGAUAUGAGUGGAUGAGAGUUCACGGUUUUGAAAAGUUCUCUCUUACCUUAGCGUCAAGGUUUGAUGGUGGGAUGUGCAAAAUGGGCUGGGCUGUGCCAGCGAAGCCUGCAGAAGACAGUUCACCAGGGGUAUGAAAUCUGACAGAGAGGUGAUGACAUGGGUGUGAGAGAAGGACAGACAGACAGGAAGGUAGAGUGAUGAGGGCCUAGGUCUAAACAUUGCAGCUGCUAUGGACUCUGGGUGAGGAAGCAGCCUUUGGGGUGUCUGGUUUUUGUGUGUUACUGAAAGGUGGCCAGUAGAAGGGGUCUGAGAGGGGGCAGUGGGAUAUUACACAGGAGCUCGGAGUCCUAAGUCUGACAAUGAGUCUCCCGUAGUAGGACAGGAGGACCUGACCCUCUUCCCUGGGGCAUGGAUAGGAAAUGCAGGUCCCCGGAAGCACUCUAACAUUUCCUUUGCUCUCAAGCUAAAAAAACGAGAGGGUACUAGAGCACAUCUGGGAAACCUUAGGGGUAGAAUGUACUUCCACUGCCCACUUUCCCUGUACCCUUGGGCUACACAGAGGCCACUUGGGUCAUGUCAGUAGGAACUUCAUGUCCAGAGUCUUCAGUUUAUGGAAAAUGGAGCUGAGGGGUAACUGACAUGUCCAGUUCUUGUCACCCAUUGCCUUUUUUUGGCAUAGCAGAUGCCCCUAGGCACUUGAUUGGGUUGCUGGGACAUCAAGGUGUGCUUCUCUAUGGCUCUGUGGGCAUAGGAUUUUGCCUCUGGGCAAAUUUCUCUAACCUCCUCCCCCUUGGUCUUUUAGACCCCAAAUUGACCUCAUCUUUCUGCCUUUGAAACCAUAGAACCAGAAACACUAAAAUACAAACCUGUGAUGUGGUUGUCGGGCUUGCAGCCUUUCAGGGCUCCCUGUCAUUGCUAUUAACUACAUGGCUUUGACCUCAACUCUACCGGCCAGUCCACUCCUCCUUGAUACCUCUCUUGUAGUAGUGCACUUCUCUAGCUCCCAGUUGGCCCCUCUUCCCCCUCAACAUUUUACUUAAAGUGUUUCAUUAAUGGAAAACACCCUUCCCUUCAUUCUUCCACCCACUGGUUCCUGUUCAUCCUUCAAGUCCGCUCAGCCAUCAUCUGAGUAACUCCGCCCACUGAUGGUGACUGACACUCAGGAUCCAUCCUGUUAGCCUCCCCACUAGAGGUCUUUGACCCACAAACACAGCUGAACCCCUUGAAUAUGGCCUGCUGACAUACAAGGGAGUGUUUUCAGUUGGUGGGUGCGGUUGACACAGUCAGUGCUCUGGCUUGGAACCAAUUUAUCAACUCUAGAUUAUUCUUUCCAGUUUCCUCAUUGUCAGGGUGGGGUACCUGUUGCCUUCCCUCCUGGUGGUGGUGAGAGGACAGAACACCUGGGAAGCAUUGCCCCACCCCUCCACCUGGCAAACAGGAGGUACCUGGUUGGCAGGGUGAAAGCUGGUGGCAUGAGAAGCCCUGAGAUGGAGGAGGUAAUAGGCCAGACCUGGAAGGGUGAUUUAUCUCCUUGGAACAUAAAGGUGGAGGUGUCUUUCUCUGGGUGUGCCCUGUACACAGGAAUCCUGCACCCAGAGUGGUGUGUGUAGCUAGGCUACCAAAGAUCCUCUUGCAGUUGGCUGGCUAGUAAAAUUCUAAUCUGAGAACUAAACAGGUCACUGGCCACAGGGCCAGGAUGUGUGUAAAUCAGAGAAGGGAGACAUGUGAGUGGAAUGCCAUGUGUCGGAGAAUGACUUAACAUGCUCUAACAUCUGACUGAGCCGCACUGGGAGAGAGUACAGAGGUGUCCAUGGUGACGGUCGUCCACUGUGGGGCUAGGCAGAAAGCAGCGUGAGUUCCUAGGCAGGACCCUUUCAUCUUGGAGCCCUACUCUGGGCAGAUUUUUUUGUUCAAAGCCAUUGGCUUUGGCCAUAGUGAUGGUUGACUUCUAAGCUGGUGGGAGUUAGUCAUCUUGUUCUUUUCUUUGCUCAUCUGACUCAAGGCUGGCCAUUCUCAGUGGCAUACCUCCCGCUGCAUAAAUGACCAGAGAUGACAAAGUCCUGUGCUUCUGAAGGGGUGGUAGUUACGGAGCCAAUCAGAAUAGGCUUCCCCUGGACUCCAUCACUGCUGUGCUAGACUCUCCAGCCUGCAUGGUAUUAUUUUCCAUCAGACCUCUCGUGGCACUUCAUCUAUAAGGAACAGAACAACAUUGCAAAUCAUGCUAACAAACCAAAAAGGAGUUUGUUGCAAAGAUGCACCAUGGUGAGUGGGGUGAUAUCCGAGAUAAGCAAGUCAGGUCUUUCAGGAGCCCUGACAUCACUGUCUCUGUCCUGCCCCACAUCCUUGUCCUCACUGUCCUCUGGUAAACCAUGGUUACUCUCACCCUUAUUUUCAAAGGUUGACUCCUUUACCCUCCAUGCCAACCCCAGUCUGGAGCAGGGGAUGGCAGUUUCUAGACCAGGCAUGCAGUUAUCCGAGCUAGGGAAUUCUCUGGGACAGGGACUGGUUGUGGGACCGCUUCUUCUCUAGCUGGAGUGAAGGAUUACAGGCAGACCUGUUUGGUAAUUAAUUGAGAAUAACUGAAUAUUGCUGAUUUCAUUGAUAAAUGCUUUAGUUCGUAUCCCUUUCCUUCUCAGACACCCAACCUGUCGGCCACUAAAACUAAGUAUGCUAGUGCCAGGGACCUUCUGAGGCCUCUUUUGGAAUAAUUAGAAAUGACCUUCGGUGUUAGUUGCACGUCACCCAGGGAGCUUGGAAAGUGCCCCUCGGUGUCAGAAACUGAAAACAUUUUUGCGAAUUCUCACCUCCACCUCUGCCACCAUAUUGGCACCAGCUCCAUAAUUUGCAGAGUCUUUGUGCAGAGUGAACGUGCAUUCAGUGUAGGAAGAUACCAGGAGAGUGACUGUAGAGUGGAAGGCCAAAUGUGGAUACUUCUGAGGGUCAGGCUGGGUAGACCUGGGCCUGCUUCUCGUGGCCCUAGGCUGUCACUGUCAAGAAACACAUGCACAUGCAUGCAUGCAUGCAUGCACUCGUACACACACAUGUAGCUGUCCCUGCUGCAGAGCUAAGCAUGCCCUAUGCCCUGAGAUUUCCCAGGUUCGUCUGCCUCAUUUUUACGUAUUUAUUCAUAUUCACCUCCCCUCGUUGUAUUUCACAUCUUUUUCUACAUUUCUUUUGGUUAGAAGCCAAACUCAUUUCGGGAGUGGGCCCACUUCUGCCAGGAAGCAGCAUCACACAGCCCUAGCAGGUGUGUUUCAGGUCUUCAGGGGGUGAAGCUGUGCUGUAUCACACGGAGGAGCCAGGGAGCCAUUCGUGCUGGAGAGGGCUGCUCCAGAAGCCGGGCAGUCAGGCAGUUCACUUAUCUGGACUGCAACCCAAAGUGCUGAGUCAUAGGGAUGUGUGGCGGAGAACGUUAAGUCAUAGCAAUGCCGGGGAAGUGUUUAUCAAACUUUUAUGUCUGAACUGGAGAAAAGCAGAGUCAUCCCUUUGUGUGAUCCUACUAGCUGGCAGUCACACUUCUUGGUGUCAUGCUUAAAAUAAGAAAAACAGAGGAUGUCAGAGAGGCUCCCGGAGGUCACACUGAAUUAUGGUUUACGCUUUCAGCCUCAUAUUUUGCCCUUCAUAGAGUUUCCGCCCAGAUUAGAUUAGAAGCUGCCUCUCUGUGUUUAAAAGACACUUAGCACACUGAACACCCUGAUUGUCACAUACUAGGGAUGCCCCCAGUAACAACUGUGUAUAUAUAUACACAUAGUAUCUAAAGUGAACACAAAGCUGCUAUCUCAUGGUAUUUUAAAAGUUUUUAUUGCUUUAAUGUUUGAUAACAUACAUCACAAAAUUGACCAUCCUUAAGUAUGUUGAGUAUGACCAUGUUAAGUGUGUGGCAUGUUUACUCACAUGCUUGCAUAGCCUUACUGGGUCUAUUUCUUUCAUCUUAGUUACUAUAGCUUAGUCCCUAUUUAAACAGUCAUUUCGCAUUCUUCAGCCCCCACCCCCCAGAUCCCAGUGGUCACCAUCCUUUCUUUUUCUAUUAGGAUUCUGACCAUUCUAGGUAUUUCAUGUAAACGGAGAUUAUUAUCUGUCCCCUUGCAACUGUCAUAUGCGGCUGCAGAUGUCUCCAAGGUUAUUCUGUGUUGUAGCAUGUGUCAGAAUCUUUCUUAAGGUAGAUCCUGCUGUGAAUAUACCUAUUAUGUUUAGACUUUCAUCCAUGGUUGACACCUGGGUUGCCCCCUCCCUUUAUAACACAAACAGCAUGGCUGUGAACUUGAGCGUGUCUCCUGAAGACACCUAUUGCAGCUCCUCCCAUCUUCCUGUUAGAGCCAAUUUUCUGGUCCUUUGAAGGCCUGGGCUUUGUCUCUGGAUUAUCAUCACAGGUAGGUGGCAUAGAUGAUGACAUGGACCUGGAGAAGGAAUUUAUGCAGAGGUAUCUGUAACAUGCAGAUCCAGAUACAGCGUGUGGCCAGGAACUAAGGGUUAGAGGUGCAGAGGUAGGCACAGCUGGGAGCAUGGGUGUGGUGCCCAGGUAGGAGAACAGACUGAAGCGUAGGAGCCCAGAAGAGUUCAAGAGGGCUGAAGGAAGCAGGAAGGCCCAGGAAGAUUUGUGUUUUAGUAGAGAAUAGAGGUGGAUUGGACCUUCCUCUGCCAAGGAGCUGGUGAUAGUUGAGAGGGGACGUGCACAGGGUGGGGAAGGUCCCAGCCUGGAUGCAGACGUGGGACUCCACCCACCUUGGCCCUGGAGUUUGUCCCUAAGUUGGAGCUCAGUUCCCCCUCCUGCAGUAAACUAUGAGUCUCUGAAAUUUGUAAACAGGAAAAGGACAGAAGAGGGUGAUUUUAUAACGGGGAGACCCAGAGGAGAGAAGUCAGCCUCAUGCUAGCCUCAGGCUCCUAUCUAUGCCAGGAUUCUGGGCACAGCCCCACUGAUGCUGUCCUUGUCACACGUUCACAUUACUCUCUACCUUUUGAAGAGCCCUCACCAAGCUCCUGUCUUACAAUAUGGAUAAGUCCUUGCCUACGUGUUAUCUUUUUCUUGUGCAUGCAUGCAGCCCUGGGAGAUGGCUGUGUGGUACAGUGUACCCACUGGCCACUGUAUAGUCUCUGCUGCUGCAGAUGACUAUUAGGCUAGCUAAAUGACAGAUCUCACAGGACUGCCAAGAGGAUCCAGUUGGCCUCCCUGGGUUAGCUCAUAUAGUUGCCAUAACAAACAGCAGAGGCCAGGCACCUUAAAACAGGAGCCAUGCAUUUCCUCAGUUGUGCCUGCUGAGAUAUACGCAGAUGAAGGCAAAAAGGGAGUGGGUCUUCUGAUACACACCUCCACUGGCAAGUGGUUCCCUUUCCUGCCUUCUCCUUACCAUCUAACCCCUGUGUGUCCCUGUCCUCAUCUUCUUUUUCUGUACUGGGAUAGAAUGUAGAGCCUCCAGCAUACCAAGCCUGUACCCUACCACUGAGUCGCUCCUCCAGCCCCUCCUCUUGAAAAGGCACCAGUCUUACUGCAUCUGGGCCCACCUACAGGAUUACAGCUUAAACAUACAGGUGCAGGGGGUACAUUUGCAGCACAACCAUGGAGUACCAGCACAGACCUGCAUAGGGCAGCCCUGAAUGGGUAAGAUGGGCAGUAAGGAUGUUUCUGGAAACUCUAGACCCAUUACUGGAUGAGGCUGUCUUGGGGGCCUGUGGUUGUAUCUUCUCUUUAGCCUCUAAUCUCAGCACUGGGUGCCCACAUUGUAGCUGAGCAGCUCUCGCUGCUGACUGGACUUUUACAGUCUCUGGCUGGCUUUUUUGCUUCUGUCCCCACCCAAACCUGGGCCCUGGCUGCUAAUCUGUUUCCGAAACAGUAAUACCGUGUCUUUGUAAGCUAGAACCUAUCCCUCUAUGCUAUCCCCUCACCUUCUUCAGUUCUUCCUGCUUCCAUACUCCAGCACUCCCAUCCUCUGCCCUGUGGCGUUGGCCAAUGUAUAUAUCCUCAGCUCGUAGACAUGCUGAAUGACGCCAGUAAUGAAGUCAGUAAGGGGAAAUGGCUCCCAUCUGAGUAAAGUCACAUGAUUUAAUUCUAGCAUAACCCACACAUAGGCUAUCUCAACCCCAAGUACGAAUUCAUGGAACCGUUAAUGAUCAAAGGAAGUUCUGCUUGUCUUAAGAAGUCACUAGAUAUUUGAAGGCAUGCCAGGCUGGGGUCUGACUGGUGUUGUCAUCUUGGAAAGAACAGUUGCCUGAGUCGGGAGGGUCGGUCCAGAGCACUUAGGCUUAUUAGAAAGCUUUGGGAAAUCCCAGAGGCAUCUGUGGUUUAAAGAUGCUCCCUGUGUGGUUCUGUGUGGGAUGAUUUCCCCCCAGAGACAUUUAUUCUCUUUAUUUGCUUGUCACACCUAGAUGUAUCUAGGUUAGGGUUGGGCACCACAACUUCUUGUUCUCUACAUUUUGAUUGGUUGUGAUUUUCUGUAAUGAUGUUCCUCUGUUGCAAAGAUAUGUUUCUUUGAUGAAAGGUAAGGACCUCUUCUCUGUGGGCAUAAGGAUAAGUAUUUAGAAUGCAGUUGGGAACCACAUCCAGAACCUCUUGAAAGAUGGUGCGUUGCUCUUCCUCUUAGACUAAGGAUUACCAGAAAAGGAAACAUUUAUUUGAAAAUAAAUAGUAUUUGUAUACAAAAUGUCUCUAAUUCAGACAAACACUCUCCAUAAUUAAUUCCUGGGAGGUGGUUCCCUGGUGUUUCAAGCAGCAGAAAAAGAGAGGUUUCUCAAGGUACACAGACAUGGAAUAUUGGUGCCCAGAGCUACUCAGUAGCAUUGGUGAGCUUUGCUCAGUAAUAGACGGGGUCCCACUUCCUUCUGCAGUGCCAGGCAGUAAGCCUCUGUGAUCCUAGCAAAUUAACCUCUUAUUUGGGCCAAGGGUGGAUGAACACACACUUGUCACUUCUUCAAACAUGUAUGUAUCGUAUCGUAUCAGUUGGGGUUGGGCACCACACUCUAGAGAUGGUAGGACCUGUCUCUUGAGAUAGCCAACUUUAUUCAGAGUAUCAGACAAUUUAUAGUCUGAGUCUUAGAGAGACUCUCUUGAGUACUGUGUGGAAUCAUCAUCUGUCAAUAAAAGGCUGAUGGCCUGUUAGCCGAGACGGGAAAUAAGAGGUGGGAGUUCUGGUAGGGAGAGAGGAACUCUAGGAUAGAGUCAGGCAUGGGAAGGAAUCACCCUUGGCAAGGAACUCUGAGGAGACAGAAGCAUGAAACUGAAGAGAGGUAGCCAGCCAUGUCCACUCAUAGAAUAAAAUAAAUGAAUUAUAAGCCAGCAGGAAUGAGCCAAAGUUUGUGGCAUAGGCAUUUAUUCAUAAAUAACUAAAACUCAGAGUCAUUAUUUCGGGGACUGGGACAUGGGUGGAAAAGCCCACAGUUAUACUGAGUAUUAAGAAGAGUCACAUGAGUAAAAUGUCCAAUCGCAGGGCUAAGCCACAUGUGGUGGAUAAGCUGCAUGUGACAAAAACAUGGGGGGUUUUUGUUUGUUUUUUCUAUAGUGACAUAUAAACAAAAUCCAAUUGUAAGGACUAAUCUGAAGUAAAUUUACUCCUAUCUGCUACACCUCAGAGGAGCAUGAAAACACUUUCCAAGAAAACCCAUGUUAUUUGAAAAAAAAAAAAAAAGGUCACCCACAGGACUCUUGCCUUGCUUCUUGGGGUUUUUUCACUAUCACUCAGAAUUUGUCUCAAAUGACUCCAUUCUUGAACUGUGUUCUAACAUAAUGCCAGCUGUUAACCAAGACUAAUGUCUAUUGGCUCCUACACACAUCAUUCAGGAGCCUCAGGCCCAAACUCCCUGCAGGAUCUACCCCUCCUUAGCUGCCUGCUGGACUGUCUGCCCACUCCACUUGAUCGUCCUUUGACUGAGUAUUGUAUCCUUUUCUGAGUGUGCUUGGCAUUCUUGGUGUUGCUAGUAAAGCCAGUCAGAGGCUGUGGACAGUGGGGCUGGCUAUGUACUGGGAUGGGACAUCAGUCUAGCUGUCAGCCACCAGAAUGGAUCCUCAUCUAGGUGAACCCAGUGGACGCAGAUGCUGUGCAAAAAGGGAUGUGUUUUUUAUAGGGGUCAGGCUACAGUUUGGUGGUCUCUGCGGCUUUACUGCAUGGUGAACCUUCACCUAAUGAUCCAUGUUGGGUAAUUUCUUUGUUUAAAUUAUGACUUCAUUUUUAUCGAUUUAUUUUUAAUAAUUUUCUGAGAAGUCAAACAAGAUUCUUAUCUAUGUAACUGAUUUCUCACUCGCCUUCUGGUUCUAUUUAUAACUUCAGUUCCUCUUAAGCAGAAUCUUAGAUAAGUGGCCAAGAGAGGGGUGAUGAAGAAGGCAGGACUCCAGCUCUGGUGAUGAAUCCUGUUUUCAAAAGUAGCUUUUGGGGGAAGCCAAAAUGAAUCACAUUUAACAGGCCAAGGUAUGUCCAUCGGCCUUCCAUUAGUGAGUCAGAAACUGCAAGCUAAUCAACUUAAGAAGAAACAUGUGUUUUCACUCAUCCUAUUGGAGGACUCCUACCAUAGUCAGCCCCUUGCUUCUGGGCAGUGUAUCAUGCUGGAGUGCAUGAUAGAGGAAGAUGCCCUCCUCAUGAGGCAUGGAACAAGGCCAGAAGAAAAGAAGGAGCUGGAGUCCUUAUAUCCUCUUCAAGGCCUGUCUGUUAGUAAUACCACAGAAUUGAACCAGGUCUUUAACAUGGGUCUUUGAGGGACCCUUUUCCAAUCUAAGUCAGAGAGUCAGCAGAAACUUUAAAGACCCAUAAUUUAUCACACUAAAUAAGGUUUAAAAUCUUCAAGGGCAUUUCUCCCUAUCUAAAGUUAGGGGAUAAUACAUAGAAAUCCUUCCUUCUUGAUCUCUUUGAACUUAUUUAGCAAACACAAUAGCUCACUCUCUCAACUUAAAAUAUAUGCAGUCUUGAAAGACCACACAAUCCAGAAUGCCAUGUGCUACUCAGAUCUUUACUGAGCAGCUACAAAUGCACACAACACUGUGUUAGCAGCAGCUAGUGACAGAAAAAAGACAAGUGUCUUGGAGAUUAGGAAACCUGGUGAGUGGAACUGGGGCAAGUAAAUGGGUCUGGGUAGAGGGAAGCUUGAGACAAGGAUAACACAGGGAAUGCUAGUGUAGUUGGUUGAGUUUUCAGUCCCAUCUCCAGCCAGCCUUCUCCUUCAGCAACCACUGCUUUCAAUGCACUCCAAUCACUGCUUCAUCUUGCCUCUCCCACAGGGUUCUAUUCGUGAGGUUAGGUAGUCUGUAGACUUGGUACUGGCAUCAUGUUUGAGAGUCGUCCCAUGUCUCUGCAUGCAUUACUAAUUGUUUCUGUUUGCUGUUGAAUGGUGUGAACAUUCCUCACUGUUUGCUGGACAUCACUUCUAGGACUCCUGAGCACAGCAGAGUCCAAAGAUGCUCAAAUCCCUUCUGAAAAAUGCCCAUGUUUGCCCAGAACUUAUACCCGUUUUCUUGUACAAUUCAAAUCAUCUCUAGUUUAGUUACUGUGUCUCGUGCAAGAUAAAUACAGUGUUGGCAGUUAUUAAACUAUUACUCAGAACAAUGACAGGAUAAAAGCUUGCAUUUGGUGGAGAGGCAACUUAAAAAGGUUUUAGAUAACUUCUAUUGUAACAUUGUUACAGUUCUAUUUUAUUCCAAAUUGUUAUUAAUGUCUCAUUAUACCUAGUUUACAAAUUAAACUUUGCCCUAGGCAUGUCCAUGUAGAAAAUGUAUAAAUAAAGCUUAGCCCUAUUUGUUGUCUCAGUCUCCCACUGGAGGCCCUGCAGCUCCUUCUUCCCCGAUAAAGGAGACUCACCAUUCUUCUUCUGCACAAGCAGUACAUCUUCUGCAAAAUGGAUUCUCAUCUAGACAUGCACACACAUGUACACACACAUGCACACACAUAUGUACAUACACACACUCCAUUACUCUUUAAAAGUAUGUUUAUUUUACAUUUUAUCUGUAUACAUUAGUGAUGUGUAAUAAUGACUUUUAUUAUGACGUUGUUGUUUGUAUAUAGAAUGUAUUUUGAUCAUAAUCAUGCACCAUUACCCUGUCUUGUCUUCCCUGAUCCCUGAUGCUCCCACUUUUCUUCCCAACACUGCCCUCCCAAUUCCCUUGUCUCUCUUCUAUUUCUGUGCUUUUUAGUUUGUUUGUCUGUUUGGUUUGGGGGAGCCAAUUAAUUUUACUAGAGUUGCUUACAUGAACACAGGUCAGGGGUUAUUUCCAAGAGAGUGGGCAACUUACCAGUUGUACACCACUGAAGAAAACACCUCUUCUCUCUUCUAGCAACUGUUAGAUGCCUAUAGAUCCUCAGACAGUAGUGGGAUCUUAUAAGCCCUUGCCUCCUCCGUCAGGGAAUGUCAAGCUGCCACACUCAAUCUUGUUCUGGUAAUUAUAGCUGCUGUGAACUCAUGAGUGCAGGAAUCAUGUCAAGCCCAGAGUCAGUUCCAGAGCACUCCACCCCUCUUCUUGCUCUUUAAUUCUUUCUGCCCCCUCUUCUGUGAUGUUCCCUGAGUCUUGCGGGGAGGGGGUGGGGAUGGUGGCGAUGUUUAGGGCUGAACACUCAACAGUCACUCAUUCUCAGCACCCUGACUGGUUAUGAGUCACUGCAGUGGUUGCUACUCAGUGCGAAUGAAGCUUCUUUUACCAGAGUUGACAGUAACAUUAACCUACAAGCCUAAACAUAAAUAUUUAGAGGGCAAUUUGAUAGUCACAACAUAUCCAUCAAGAAAAACAACAAUAGCUUCCCUACUAAGGCUGGUGAUCUUUCCAACCAGAGACUCUUGAGCAGGCUCACAAUACCUGCAGCUUAAGGUCCAAUUGGAAAACUAUUAUUUACCCUUCUACAGUCAUGCUUCUAUUGUAUCAGUGGGUAUAUUCUACCUGACAGGUUGGCAUUGUAACUCACAGAGUUCACAACUGAGUAUUAUUAUUGAAAAUAUUUCUACCUAGUAGCCUGUAUAACACUUCUGGCACUAUGAAAGCUGGUUAGCAGGAAGAAAGCCGCCUAGCUCAGUUCCAGUUUGAUUUCUCUAUAUCUCGUAGCUAAAGUAUAGGGUGUCCUCAGCAGUAGGGGGCCGCCCCUUACCAACAACUCAUAGAAAGUCUUGUGGAUUUUCAUUUGAUAACGGGUGGCUUCUGGGAACAGUUUUUAAUCCAUCCACACAGGGUAUCUUCUUUCGAACAAGAUUUUAUUGUUAUGUUUUCUGAUGAUCUUGUAGAGCAGGUUUCUGAUGGAGUUUCUGUAGACCCUGAGUUGUGGUUGACUCUCCCUCAUACCCCUUUCCCCAUCUUCUUGUCUCUACUGGCAUCCCUACUCAAACCUUUCAUUACUAGUAUUCCCGCUUUCACUUUCAUAUCACAUAUGCUCUAUAUACCCCUUCCCUUAAAUCCCCUAUUUCCCAGCUCACAGGCCCCCUUCAGGUUUCCUGAAAGGCCAUGCUCUUUUAUCUGUUUGUUUCAUUUUAACAUUGCUGAACCAAGAGUAUGGGCCUCUGAUGGUUUGUCCGCCCUAGUACACACGUCUUCCAUACUGUGCAUUUCUCCUCACAUGCUGCUGUGCAUUUGGUUGUCCAGCCCCAUAGACUUCUCUGAAUAUUGGAAUCCUCAUCCUAUUCAUCUUUCCCCUCCUCGUGUCUAUUAGUCCUCUUAUUCUUCAGUCCUAAUAGGUACAAGUUGAUUGGCAGAAUUGGGUCAGCUAUGUAAUACCAGGACUUGUUUGUGAGUCAGGCAAACUUCCUUCUUUGUCUCUUCAGAGGACAUUGAAGUGAUGAAAAGGAGCUGUGGGGGAGGAGAAUGUCACCCCCAAGAGGUGUGGGUCCUUGGCCCCCCAACAGUUGUGAUCCCAAGGCUGAGGGAGAGGCCCUGAGACCUGAUGCUGUUCUGCGCGUAGGGAAAAGCCACAUCUAGAAGUGAUGCUGCCAGGCAGCUGCUCUGUGUGACCUCAGGAUGACUUAUUAGCUGAUUGGGUUGAGUUUCAUCCUGUGUCAGUGGCAUGUGAGAGAGGCAGCCCUCCUCUUCAUAGCCUCUCCAUCCUCCGCUCUGUGAAAAUUGCACUGGGGGCUGAAAAACCCUUAGGCAAACCCCCCAGACAACCCACGCCUACUCUCAUGCAGCCCUGUAUAGAAUGCAAAGGGCUAGAGAUUACAUAGCCUGUUUGUAGGGCAGUUCUGCUGAGCAAAGGACUAGACUUCUUGACUUCUUUGUUAAUAAAACCUCCCCUAUAAGAAUCCUUUUACUAAGUUCAAGAGGAACCAAGGAAGUACUCCCUGGCCAACUGCCUUCUUCUUCUUCUUCUUCUUUUUUUUUUUUUUUUUUUUUUUUUGGUUCUUUUUUUCGGAGCUGGGGACCGAACCCAGGGCCUUGCACUUCCUAGGUAAGCGCUCUACCACUGAGCUAAAUCCCCAGCCCCGCCAACUGCCUUCUGAGUUCCUCUCCUACCCAAUAUCCUUGAAGAGAGCAGUGAGGGUAGGGGGCGUCCCAUUUGGACCGGAAUAUCCAAGAAUCAAGGCUGUUGUGCCGGAUGUUCAUGCUGCUCUGAUGUUUGAGCCAGUGUGAGCGUCAAGCUUGUUUGGCUUGUGUAAACAUGUCACCUUUACUGGGGCUGUGCUCCUUACAGAGCAGGUUAAGCAACUAAGGUUGCUCUUCCAAUAAGAUCAGCAUUCAGAGGUGGAGUCUCCAAAUACUCUAAAUGAUGCUCCCCUCAGCCUAGUGGCUAGUGAAAUGAUGGUGCUCAAGAGAAAAGAGAGAUAAGGGACCUACUGCAAGUUCUGCCUUCCGUAGGUUCAAGGUGACCAAAGAGCAGCCCUGCUAGCAACAUGGAAAUGAGGGUACUUGGGGGAGGAGGACCAGGAAUUUGGUCUUCUUCCCAAAUUGGAGUCAGUGAUUGGGGGGGGGGUAUUUCCAACAAUAGCAACCUCUACCAAAGGAGCAAAAGAAGACAAUUCACUUUGCCUUCUUUCUGGGAUGUGAGUCAUGCCCAGGGCCUUGAGCAUGUUGAACACAGGCUGAGGUUCGAGUUGCAGAGAGGCAGGUGUGUACCCACUGAUGCCUGGCGCAGAGGUAGACAAGGGACACUGAGCCCAGUGCAGAAGGGCUGAGUUCACACCUGGGCCACCAACUGCUCACUGAGCAGACAUGACACAUUGCUCAAGACUGGAACCUCCUCCCCAAAGUGGAAAAGGCGCUGUUCAUGCAGCCUCAUGGGGGUUUUCUGCAGUGAUGGAUGGGAUGUGGAAGGAGGCCUUCUGCAGGGUGUGCAUUUGAUGGGCCUCUAAUCCCAGUCCUUUCUGUGGGGACUUUAUAGUAGACCUCUUUUUUUUUUUUAAAGAUUUAUUUGUUUAUUUAUUUUAUGUACAUGCAUACACUGUAGCUGUCUCCAGAAACACCAGAAGAGGGCAUCCGAUCUCAUUACAGAUGGUUGUGAGCCACCAUGUGGUUGCUGGGAAUUGAACUCAGGACCUCUGAAAGAGCAGUCAGAGCUCUUAACCACUGAGCCACCUCUCCAGCCCUAUAGUAGACUUCUUAACUUAAUCAUGCAGUCACCUGCUUCAGGUUGAGAAUCCCUAAUUCAAAAAUACAGAGUCCAUAAAUUUAAAUACAAAAUGUUCCAAGACCUGAAACAUUUUUAGUGGCAACAUAGUGAGACACAGAGUAUUCCCUUCAAGCCUUUCAUGCACUGUAUCUAUGAGACAUAAUGAAUUUUGUUCUUAGCAUUGAGUCUCUUCUAAUAUAUGAGUGUAGAUAUUUCAGAAGGUAACAGAAAAUCCCAAACUUGGAGAAUUUCUGGUCCCAAGAAUCUCAGAUAAGGAAACUAAGUCUGAAUGAUAACCUUGCAUAGGUAUUCCAGUUUCCCUUCAAUUAUCUUUAAAAAUAUAUUUUAUUUUUAAUUGUGUAUAUUUGUAUGUAUUUGUAUUUAUAUGUAUUAAGAUGUGUACAUGUAAGGUUGGCUGACCUUGGAGGUCAGAAGAGGGGCUUGGGUCCCUUGGACCUGGAGUAACAGGCAGUUAUAAGCUGCCUGUCAUGGUUGCUAGAACCUCUCCAAGAGAAGCAAGCAACAACCAUCUUUAUAGCCCUUGCUAGAAAAUUAGCUUUCAGUCUUAACACAGGAUGGAUGAUGGGCCAGGACAUGUAACUGAGAUCAAUUCUAGCCAAUGGCCCCUUCGUCCUAGACAUAUCAGGCCAUUCUGCACCCCACCCUCACCUCAGGGCCUUCUUCCUCUGAUUCAAUUUGUUCCCAGGCUAUUUGACAUCUCAACUGAGGAUGCUUCCUAGAUCUCCUUAAAUGUCUUCUAGUUUAGAAUUUCCUUUCUAGCCCUACCUUCCAAAUUUAAAACACUGGGGCAACUAACCUUAGCUAAUCAAGUAAAGGGACGACUGGUCUCUAGAACUGAUCCUAUUGUUUUCUGUCUUUCUCCUGUCUCAUACCUGUUCAUCAGAGACUGUGCAAUAGCUUAUAAGCCUCAAGUCCAUUCAGGUGGCAUAUUCUGAAAGGCUUGUCCUCAGACUUAUAUGCUUGAUUAGGGUGUUUGUUUGUUUGCUUGCUUGCUUGUUUCAGAUAGGAUAUUACUUACUGUAUAGUCCUGGCUGGGAUAGGACGUGUAGACUAGGCUGGCCUUGAACUCACCGAGAUCUUCCUGCUCCUGCUUCCCAAAUUCUAUAAUUAAAGGCAUAUGCCACCACACCAACUCCUAGAUAUUUAAGUAGUUAACAGUAUGUAUCAAAAGCCCAAAGUAAAUUGGAAGUCUUUUGGUAAUGAGAAAUAAGCCCAAGACCUUGUACAUGCUAAGCACAUGCUCCACCACUGAAUUACCCUUUGCUUGAAGCUGGAUUUUAAUAACCUCUGAAUGCUACCCGUGAUAAAGGUUCAACUCUAACACCAUAUGUGCAUGUGUGCGAGAGGCUACCCAAGGACCUGCCCCUGUAUUGUCCCCAUUCUUUCUGGCUCAGUGUCCAGCACACGUGUGGCUCUCCUCCUUCUUAUCUUUAUCUCAUCUGCUUCCCAUUUCUUAACCCUUCCAUGUGCUGUUGACUCCUGGCAGGGCCACCUGGACUCUGGCCCUAGGCAACAGCAGCGGGAGAAAAGCUGUUGAUGUGAGGGCAGAGUCUGAGAUCUAAGAUAGCCUGUCUUGGGUGUUGUGCGAGGCUGUGUGCAGAGGGUAAGCAUGCGAGUGGGAUAGGUUGCGUACUCUGUUGGGCAGGGCUCGUCGAUUAUGUCAUCCAUGGGCAAGCUUGGGGCCAAAGGACUCUUGCAGCCAGCAAACGACUUUCUGGUGGCCUGGCAAAAGAUACUGUAUUUUAUGGGCUAGAUCUCAAACAUUUCUCUGGAAGGUGGCAAACAAGACUGGAUACAGGCUUUAGGGCAGGGGCUGCUCCAGGGCUGUCUGCAAAGGCUUUGACUGUGCAUCUGUAUUUGAUAUAGAUAAUGAAACUUUUUCUUCAUCUUAGCUGUUUUUAAAUGUGUGGUUCACUGGCAUGAAGUACAUUCACAUUAUGUAGAAAUUGCCACUCUCUACCUCUAGGGCCUUUCAUCUCUCCAAUUGAGCCUUCAACUUCACCCUUCAACUUCCUGUGUCUCUAUCUAGCCCUGUCCACCCCUCACAUGCUUUGCUUUUACCCAUUUGGGUCCUCUAGGGACCUUGCAUAAGUCAAAUCCUAGAGUGUGUGUCUUGAGACGGCUAACUACUCUAAGCACAGUGUACUCGGGGUCCCGGGGUCCCUGUGUUGGAGCUCGCAUCAAGUUCUCCUUCCCUUUUCCUGCUGAAUGAAAUUAGAUCUCAUGUGUAGAGCACACUUUACCCAUGAUUCCAGGGAUGGGCACUUUUGCUGUUAAGACCAGUACUCCAGACAUAACAAGCAUGUAGCACUCUGUGCCACCCUGCUUUAUUUUGGUAUAGCAAGGUGAGUUUGGAGAGGCUAAAGUCAUGUAAGAAAUUGUCCACACAGCAUGGAGUCACCACUGAACCUUGACUAGCUAAAUGGAUGUCCUGUCAGAGGGGUACACGUGUCUUCCAAGCAGUUAGACUUUUUCAGAAGGUAGACUUUUCACAGUUGACUGCUUUCAGCUGUGACUGACCUUUUGCAGGUCACAUCCUAAGGGCAUUUAAUAUUUGCCCAUGUCCUAACCAGUUUGUACUAAGGACCUCCUGAGAAGCCAGAAAUACCAUUUGUAUUUUCUCUGAGGUAAGGCACAAAGCUGCUUAGUAUGAGCAUGCUUCAACACACACCAACCCCACUUCUUUCCCCUCAGAUGGAUGUCAGGGACCACAGGAUGGUUGCACCUCAGCAUAAGGGUAGCAUUUCCAUGUGUUUUGAUUUGCAUUCUGUUUAUAGACAGCAUUAGGUCAUGGAAGGAAAGCAGAAAAUACAUGUAAGCAACUCUCCUGUUCUACAGUCCAACUGUCUGUCAUCGAAAGUGCCUGAAGGGGAGAGAGUUUCCAAGUAAGUUUGGAAAAUGUGUCACACAGAGCGUGAAUCCUGGUCUAGGAUUUAUGUUGAUAUUUCAGACUGCUGAGAAAGCCCUGCAAAGGAGACACCAGCUUCUCUCUCUCUCUCUCUCUCUCUCUCUCUCUCUCUCUCUCUCUCUCUCUCUCCCUCCCUCCCUCCCUCCCUCCCUCCCUCCCUCUCUUCCUUUCCUUUCCUUUUCCUUUUUUUCCACUUUGCAGUAGGUUCAUUAUUUCCUUUUGUCCAUUAGGCUAUGAAUCUGUAUAGAAUGGGCUCCCACAGCUCAGACUCUUUUCUGUUAGUUCUCACAAAGUGUGCUUCUCCGGGUGGCACAGGCUGGUGCUUCAGCUGGACCCAGGUGCCCUUCUCUUUGGCUUCCUUCUUUCUCCUCCUUCAUCCACUUCAGGAAGCUGUCUGCUCUUCAAGUGUCUGAUGUGCUCAGUCCACACAAUGAUCCUCUUGGCUAGAAUCUUGUGCUUAACUUGCUUGUUUACAAUGAUGCCCGUGGCCUGCUGGGUGACAUUUUAGACUCUUCUGGUUUUGCUGUGGUAACAUUUAUUGAGUGUUCCUUUAUAAACGAUGCUCAUUCCCUUGAUGUCUACAAUAUCACCCGUCUUGUGGAUUCGCAUGUAUGUGGCCAAAGGAACGACUCCAUGUGUCCUAGAACAAUUAAGAACACCUACCGAGUGCCCCUUCUCUUUUUUUCCCUUCGUGUUGCUCAUUUUGAUGAGUUACCGGAAGAUGGCUGCCGCCGAAAGACCAGCUUAACUUUCUUCAAUUGUACAUUUCUAAAAAUUAUUUAGCAAUUGAUCCCUCCCUCCACUAUUUUUUGUUUUUGUUUGUUUGUUUUUGUUUUGUAUUCUGAUGCUGCAGAGUGAGCUAGGGUUUUAAAUAUAAGCUCCAUUCUUAGCCUGAUUUCUUAGGUGACCACCUAUGCUGCCUCUGGGGAUUGAUACCUCCAGCAAACAUGUCAUCCGCUAACGUAGCAGUGACUAUGAAUAAAACCGGUUCCUUCAUGGACCAUUCACUUUGAAAAUUAUUAUUACUGCUGCUGCUGCUGCUGCUGCUGCUACUACUACUACUAUUAUACUAUUAUUAUUAUAUUAUUAUUAUUGUUAUUAUUAUUAUUAUUUGUGUGUGUUUAAGAGAGAGAUACUGAACGAUGUAUAUACAUGGUAUAUGUGUGUGUGAGAAUGUGUGUGUGUGUAAAUAAUGUUAUGUGUGUGCACAUGUGCACACCUGCAGAGGCAGAAUAGUUCUGUCCUUUUACCUUUAUAUGGGUUCUUUGGAUUGAAUUCAGAUCAACAGGUUCUUACAGUAAGGGCCUUUAUGCUUUUACUGAGCCAUUUUUUUAUGAGCCCCAUCAAUCAUUCGGUUUAUCUGUUCAUCUUGUCUUUUGAUUCUGAUUUGAUUUGGAGGAAUGCUGCACGGGCCAGCCUGAUUGUCCCCUGCCAUGCUUUGGCAGGGCUACACUCUGUUGACUAAUCAGGGGCACAGAGAACCUUACUCUGGAAGGGUUGUGAAGAACUUCAGUGUCUUGAUUCGCUAAGUUCAGCCAUGCCACAAACACCAUGUUGUCACAGCUAUCUCACAGCCUGUCACUAGAAUCCCAGCCCCAGUGCCAACAGAAGAACCCUCUGGAGCCGCUCAUUCCAGACCCAUUACAAACUUCAACAUUUGAAGCAGGCCGGAGGGGGGCUGAAGCCUACCGAGAGUCAAGGUUGCAAGAUUAUGGUGAAGGCCACGAGUGGGCAACUUCGUAACAACCUUGGCUUAUAAGGACUCUCUGCCAAGGUCUGAGUUUUCUUCAGCAUACUCAGUUCCCCCAGCCUGUGCCCAUCCCUCUGACCCCAGAGAGCUGAUGCCUGGCAGCCAGCCUUGCCCUUCGGCACUCUUCCCACCUUCAGCUUGCAGUUGCUUUCCACUUUGAUUUAAAAAGACAUUGUGGACAACCGUUUCUUAGUUAUCUUGUCCCCAGAGGUGCCAGAGGGACCCACGUGGCCCGGGCCCUUUCUCACCAGUGCCUGCAUGGAGUGCAGCCACAUCUUUGCCUCUCUGGACCCACAGGCUGUGUCUGAAGGGUUGAGCCCCAGCUGAACCCAGGCCAGACCAGGAGGAGCCAGACUGCUUGGUCACCUCUGGCUGUCACACUGCCAAUUCUUCAGAGCGUUUACAGGAGAUUAAUCAUUCCAGGAGGGAAACUCAGCACCCACUGGAGUCUGACAUGAGCUUUAAAGAGCCAUCUUGGUCCUUUUUACUCAAGGUCAGAGAGACGGUGUAUUUAAGGGCUGAUUGCAGGAAGUGUUGAGGAGAGCUGGGUUGCAAUGCCUAGGUUACUUUUAGGAAGGUCAAAGCAAAGGGCAUCGUGGUCCUGAUCCAGGAGGACUGAAAAAAUGUGGAAACUGCUAUGUAACACUGCAGCUGGGGCACACUUGGUCCUCACACCCCUUUUUUAUCCUCACCUCGCCUCCCUUCUACCCGGUGCUGGCUUUGUGGCAUGCUGUAGAAUAGUAAAGCAGCCCAUACUCGGACCAGUGCGGUGUAACUCAAUGGGUAGAAACCUUUUUGGAAGCUCAGCAGGCCGACAAAACAACAGAAAGCGUCAGCUUGUGCCAGUCACUGCCCGGGCUCUGCCUCCGGCAUUGCUCUAGACCCUCACAGCCACUGUGUAUUGUAAGGCCUGUGCCUCCCACACAAGGAUGUUGAAACAGCUUGCACAAGGGUCGAUUCCUUGACCUCCACACAGCCGUCAUCAGGCAGAACUAGAGUGGAGAUAGAUACCUGUCCAUCAGACUCAAAAAUCUGUGCUGCCACCACCACGAGUCCCUGCUAUACUGCUGAUAGUCCCGUAAAGCACCGUUCUCCACCCCCAUGGAUCACGGUGCCUGUGAAACAGGUCUGUGGGGAUGAGUGAGGAACAGCCUGGUCAAAGCAGCUGGCACAGGGCCUCAGAAGGACGCUUAACCUAUGAAA